UGCAAUCUAUUUACAAAUAAAAUGCUCAACUUUACAAGAGUAUCAAAGAGUAUAUAGGAAUUUAAUUAAUUUCCAAUAAGUGAGGGAAAGUUCAUAUUUAUUUAAUUAUUGGACGAUGUUUUCAUUUUAGUCAAGUGGACCGGUCACAGAUAUAAAUUAUGAUUCUGCUAAAACCAGCCUGGGUUAAACAUGAAGAUAAUAAACCGAUUUUUUCCGUGGAUAUACAUCCAAAGGGAGGACGUUUUGCAACAGGCGGCCAAGGGGGCCAAGGCGGACGGAUUGUCAUUUGGAACAUAGCUCCAAUAUUAUCAUACUCUGAUGAAAAUGAUCCCAAUAUACCAAAGCAAUUAUGUCAAAUGGAUAACCAUUUAGCUUGUGUCAAUGUUGUAAGAUGGAGUUGUCAAGGCCAUUUGUUAGCUUCUGGUGGAGAUGACAAACUUGUAAUGAUAUGGAAGUUGACUGGAGAAGGAUCAUCAACUUUAUUUGGAAGUGGUGGCAAAGUGAACGUAGAGACAUGGAAGUGUACCCACACAUUAAACUCACACAAUGGGGAUAUCUUAGAUUUAGCUUGGGCUCCUCACGAUGGUUGGUUAGCAUCAGCAAGUGUGGACAACACAGUUAUCAUUUGGAAUACACACAAGUUUCCAGAGAAAGUGGCUGUCUUAAAAGGUCAUUCUGGCAUGGUCAAAGGCGUCACAUGGGAUCCAGUUGGAAAGUAUAUUGCCAGUCAAUCAGAUGAUAAAUCACUGAGAGUCUGGCGGACAGCUGAUUGGCAACAGCAGGAAGUUGUUACCGACGCGUUUGUAGAUUGUUCUGCAACUACUCAUGUCUUAAGAUUAUCUUGGUCGCCUGAUGGACAGUACUUAGUUUCCGCUCAUGCUAUGAAUGGCGGUGGACCUACAGCUCAAAUUAUUGAACGAGAUGGAUGGAAACAGGAUAAAGAUUUUGUUGGUCACAGGAAAGCAGUAACUUGCGUCCGUUUUAAUUCAAAUAUUUUAAAGAAAGUGACUCCGGGAAGUCCUAAACCUCAACAGUAUUGUUGCUGCGCUGUCGGAUCUAGAGAUAAAUCUGUUAGUGUUUGGCUUACAUCUUUGAAAAGACCUUUAGUUGUAAUUAAAGACUUAUUUGAUGACAGUGUCCUAGAUAUAUCUUGGAGCAGUAAUGGUCAACACCUACUUGCAUGCUCAUGGGAUGGAAGUGUGGCAUGCAUUAUUUUCACAACAGAUGCGAUUGGAAAUCCAUUAUCGGAAUGUGAAAAGGACUCUUUAUAUGAGAGAAUGUAUGGAAAAUCUAUGCAAAGAAAUUUGCUAAAUUCUAGUUUCGUCGGAAGCCAUAUUAUAGAAUAUCCGGAAAUGUUAUCAGAACAGGACGCAAUUAAUGAUAUUAGUAUGAAACAAAUGAAUGAAAUAAAUGUCGAAAUACCCAAAAUAACUAUACCCACGAUCAAUUUGGAAUCGCCCAAACAGAAUGGAUUAUUAGUUGCAUCUAAUAAACAGAUUGAAACAAGAUUACCUAGCGGUAAACGUAGAAUAACGCCUAUGUUUUUAAAGCCCGUCCCAACAACACCUGUCAAGGAAACUGUGGAGGUACCGACGAUACAAGCAGCAUCGACGUUUAGUUCGUCUUCGCCAACAAAGAGCAAAAUUGUUGUGGUGCAAGAGAAAGUCAAACAAACGAAUAUUAUACCAAGUCAUUCCAGCUUAAUACCCUCGGUUCGCCCACAAACGUUUCAACCACCUGGUGUUCAAAUUAAUCAAUUGACGUGUUCCGAAGUACCUGGAGAUCAACCAAUAGUCCAGUUCAUCAAUGUACUAGACCCGUUAAAAAUGCCAUUAGGGCAAACUAUCACAAAAAAGAACGACUUUAUGAAAUUACAAGUAACAAAUGGCGGUUUAACUACGCCAAAAGGGAAACUAGCUAGGAUAGAAGUAUUUAAACACCCAGAUGACAAACAACCAAUCUGGGAAACGUAUUUAGGAUCAGUAAUUAAGUGUAUUCAAUAUAAUAGAAGACUGAUUGUUGCGUGUUGCGAAGAUUUGAGUAUAAACACAUAUGAAAUAAAAUGUGGUGCAAGGCCCCUUCCGCCAUUGUUAAUAGAAGAUGUAGCAUCUGCGCUAUGUUUAUCGGACUCUGGUAUUUGUAUGGUGCUCACGAAAACUGGAUUAUUACAUAUGUGGAACAUAGAUUUAGGAAAAUCGAUUUUAAAUCGUAUAUCUCUCCGAAGUUUGUUAAGCAACAAAGCAUCGGUUAGCGGGUGUUCUUUGACGACCACAGAUCUCCCAUUGGUUACAUUAAGCGAUGGAAGGGCUUUCAUUUAUAAUUUAGACCUACAAACUUGGGUUUUGAUAUCGAAUCCUCAAGACACUUUGAGUAAGGUUAGUGGAUCCAUAGCCAGAUCUGUUGGAGGAAAUUUACCAUUGGCUUCAUUGCAAAGACAAAUGAGCGCGCACAAUUUGAAUGACAAUUUACCAUCGGGUGUUAAACUUAGUUUCCUUGAAUCGCAAAUUUCUGCCAGUGUACUUCUACAAUCAGCAUCGGAAUUUAGACAUUGGUUAUUGAUAACCGUAACCCAUCUAUUGGAAAAAGGACCAGAAUGUCGGAUACGAUCGAUUUUAGAUGAACUCAUGGGUCCAACACAUUCUUCCAGCAAAAAACCUAGAACUGACAACAUACUGGGGAUAUCAAAAAAGAAACUGUUGAAUGAAGUUUUGGCUUUGAUUAAAUCCAAACUGCACUGGCAGAGACUUUAUAAAGAGUACAAUGAACAACUGAAUCUAUUGAAUUUGUAAUUUGUUCUAUAAAAAAAAUCAUUGUAUA